AUGUAUGAACAAGGAGGGAAAAGAAUCAUGAAGACAUUUCAGGAUAAGCCACUGUUGAGGAACUUGCCCUCCAUCUUGAGGAAGUCAUCAUUUGCCCCCAUCAUUCUGCACCAUGGAAUCCCCAAACUGUCCUCCAACAGCUACGACAGCCCCCAGUGUGGUCUACGGAGCAACUUUGAGGCUCUGCUCAAGAGGGGGGCACUGUACAAAGAAGGGAUAGAUUGGGAGAAGGACAAGGCUAUGGGGAUGCCCAGCUCUGCAGCCUCCAAGACGACCAGCAUGGGCCCACCCACUCCUUCUCCUUUUGGAAAACCUCCACUGUCCAAUGUGACUUACUCUAUAACUAGUACUCUUGGAGAGCGGAAAGGAGCGGAGGGAAGUGACUUAAAGCACGUGAAAACGUGGCAACGGCAUUGUUCGACACCCACAAGUAACACAAAUGACUCUCCAUACUUUACAUUCACAAGAGGGCCCCAGUCUGUGCUGCAGGACAGCGAAGGGCCCGCCAGGAGCCCGACCAUGUCCCGCACCUUCAUCCCAUUCCACACAACCACGUCUUAUAAGCUGAACUUCACCACGGCCGACACAGCAAAUGGCCCUGAGAGCGAGGUGCCGUACCCAGCACUGGUGGUCAAGAGGUUGUCUAUGGGAGAUGCAGGAUCGUCCACAGCAGACUCCAAUAGAGGCGCAAUGGCAGAAAUCAGCCUCAUCUGUGAAGAGAACCUGCUCGAUACCAUUUUCCAUGCUUGCGACACCCAGCACAGAGGUAAAGUGUAUGUGUCCCAUAUCGUGGACUACCUGCGCCACACGACAAGCCGCUCCUCAGAGGACAGCGGGUUGGAGGACUUGUGCAACAUGCUGGACCCCGAGCACAAAGACGUGUCCAUCGACCUGGACACCUACCACGCCGUCAUGAGGGAGUGGAUCGAUGACUGCCGCAACAACGGGGAAGAGACAGGCAAAGAGGUCACUCAAGACUCUGUCAAAAUGAGAGAUGGCAUAUCAGCGAGAAGAUCCAUGCUGCUCAAUAUGACGUCUGGAAGCUUGGAGGCUUUUGGAGGGGAGGCUUCCAGGGUUGAUUUUGAGACGUCAGAGCUGGUGUACUGUGUUACCGAUCUCCAACUGAAUAACCACAAAUUGCGAGAGGAGGUGAAAAAGCUGAAGCAGGGGGUGGAGAUCAUGGAGGAAACUAACCAAAAAUUGGUUGAAGAAAAUGAAGAACUGAGAAAUCAGACAAAGAUGAACCAGCAGCUGGCUCAGAAGGAGAAGAUGUUGAAAGAUGAGGUGGAGGAGAUGAAGGCUACACUCUGUAACACAGAGGAAGGCCGAGCUCGGGCCUCUGCUCACGGCAAGAACAUGGAAAAGGAGAACCAGAGCCUUAUUGCAAAAAUUGCUGCACUGCAGGAAGAGAACUUUAAGGUCACUAUGGAAACGGACAACCUUCAGAGGCGGAUCUCUGGUCUGUGUGACAUAAACGCUGACCUUCAGGUGCAGAUUCAUUCCUUUGAUGGAGUCUUGAGUGAAAAGGAUGCAGAGUUACAGGAGAGCAUGAGACAGAUUAAGGACUUGAAGGCUACAAUAGAAGAGUACUCAUCCAUUACAGAGCUUUUAAGAGCAGACAAGAGCAAACUGGAGACUCAAAUGCAGAUGGUGCAUCCAGAUUUGGUUGGGGGCCUUUCCUUGUCGGUCGCCUACAGGUUAAAUCAGAGCUUGACUGGAUCAUUGCAGUCUGAGUUGGCUUUAGCCCAGUCACACCUGGAGCCUUUUGCAGGCGCUGACCCUCACAUCACAGUGCUUGAUGAGACUCUUGACAAAGAGGUGCUGUUGAUGAUGCAAGGGCCCAGUCCAGAGCACAUGUCCCAGGAGUUUAAGAGAAUCCUCAACAAACUGAAAAGUAAUGUAAGAGAAGAAGGAUGUUCUAUCAUGUGUUUGGUCCAGGAGUUGCUGGAUAACCGCAAAAAACUGGGAUUCAGCACAGAUGAGUCUUUACAGGCUUUCCGGUCUGAGCUGGACACCAGGAGGGCCGACUGGGCCCACAGCCUGGACCAGCUGGCCCAGUACACAGAAUCGCUGGAGAAGGAGCUCAUCAAAAUGGCCAGUAACAUGAGGAGGUCCCGCACUGAGAUACUUCACCUCUCCGUCAGAGUUCAGGAGCAGGAGAAUCAGAAGAGGCAGCUGAGUGAGGAGUUGGAGCAGCUGCGGACGCCCCAGGACGAGGCUGCACAUCAGACCCCCGAGGAGGAGCCCGAACAGGACUUCGACUGGGAUGAGGAGUUUUCUAUUCAAGAUUGCAUGAAGAAUGAAGGGAUGACCAACAACUACUGCAGCGUGGAACUAGGCUCUACAGAUGCCCCCAGUGCAAACACAAGAGAACAGAGAACUGAGGAAGGAGACAAGAAAGGAGACCAGGGAGUAGACCGGGAAGGAGCCCAGGAAGGAGCCAAGUGUACGGCCAUGCAUGCAUCUGGAGAGACAGAGAAGUCCACCCUGUACAUCAAUGUGUAUAUGGAAACUCAGAGCAGACAUGAGACUGUGGAGACCAAUCAUGAAUCUGAAACCAGCACUGACCCUCCAAUUAUUGUGAACCAUAAAUCUGUGCAGGAAGAGGUUGCGUUGCCACAGAUCGCCCACUCACAGGCUGUUGGUGCUGGGUGCUCCGAGGCGCUCCCUUGUACAACCCACUUGCACAGAUACAGUGCUGAAGAGGGUGAAGACACGCAGAUGCUCUGUGAUUUACCUCAAAACGGCUCAAGUGAAACGCUACCAUCCUCCGGUCCCACAGGCGGAGGGAAAGAGACUCCAACAGAUAACUCUGUGGACCAUAAGCUCAGCUCUACUUCAGCCUCAGAGGGGGACCUGGGAGGAGAAGGCUUGAAGCAGAGCAGCGAGCAGGCGGUCGAUGACAUGAGUCGGAAGACUCUGGGCCAGGACAAGGCCGACCGGACAGCAGAAGACAGUUCCAGUCUGCUCCCUGUCCUGAUGGAGGAGGAGGAGACUGAGGCUUCCCUGGGAGUAGCCUCUGUACCAGCCAGCGAACAUCACAGUAACAGCUCUCAUCAGUCUGGAGGAAGCUCAAGUGCGAUGGCCACGCCUGGAAAGUUGGAGGGUGCAUCUCCGAAAAAAGAUUCACAGCAACUUCAAGGCAAGAGGGAAUUGGAUUUAUCACAUGGGAUCGAGACUCUGGAUCAGUUUGGAGCUAAAGGUGAACGGGGUGAGAACACCAGCGACAAUGAGGCAGAAGAAUACCAUCGGACUGAUGUAAAUGACUCCUACACCGAGGACAAAAAUGAUAUGACUCCAACGGACAAGGAAGUUGAGGCAGAAUUCCAACGUCUGGCGUUGGGCUUCAAGUGCGACAUGUUCACCCUGGAGAAGAGGCUGCGUCUGGAAGAGCGCUCUCGUGACCUGGCCGAAGAAAACGUGCGGCGAGAAGUGUCCAGCUGCCAGGGCCUACUGCAGGCCUUGAUACCGCUGUGUGAAGAUGAUAAUCAGUCUAUGGAGAUUAUCCUCAGACUUCAGAAAAACUUGGAGAUCCUCAUUCAGUCCAUGACGAGAGUGUCCAGCCGCUCGGAGAUGCUCGGAGCCAUUCAUCAGGAGAACCGUAUUGGUAAGGCUGUUGAGGUGAUGAUUCAACAUGUGGACAACCUGCGCCGCAUGUACACAAAGGAGCACGCGGAGCUGCUGGAGCUCAGGGAGACUCUGAUGCAGAACGAGAGGUCCUUCGGAUCACAAACCAAGAAAGAUGAUUUCCAAGGAAAGAAGAUACAAGGUCGACGAGUCAGCCUUCCACCAACCAACCCGAUAAACAUGAGAAAGCCUUCGGAUGUUUCAGAGGUGGACAAUGAGAGACUGACUCGGCGGUCUCCCUGGAGUGUGGCAGGGAGGAACAUGACUCGCCCACCACUAAAGCGCUUUGUUAGCUCUGCACCUUGGCUUGACUCUGAGGACCCCUGUGACCCGAUGAAGGGGAGCGGCUACAUCGCAGACAGCCAGUUAGACGACGAGCCCAAAGAGGAGGCAAAGGCUGAGAGGCGGAGGUCCAGUCUCACUGAACUGGGAAACAAACUCGCCUCUUUCCUACUGCCCAACAAGACUCCGAGUCCUUCCGCCAGUCCGAUCUCCUCAGAGCCUGGAGUGACGCAGUCUUUGUCCAGAGGGCUGAGCUCCUCCAGAGCCUCUGCAGCCGCUGUGGCCCGGGGCAGCCGCACUGUGUGGCUCUGGUUGGCAAUGUUUGUUCUGCUGGCAGGACUUCUAGCUCUCUUGGCCAGUAUGGUGAUGCAGCCCGCUGUAGACGCAGCUCCUGUUGCAACAGGAGAUUCCUGGAUGACCAUCCAGCAGCUGCUCUGGCCCUACACCGGACUGCGGCACAAUGGCCAGCCGCCCGUGUGA